AUGGCUUCUACAACUUCUUCAGCAGAAGAUACACAUCAUGUCCGAACAACUAGUUUGCCAACCAGAUUACACCCGGUCAUUGUUCAGGCUCAAGAGGAGAUCAAAAAAUUCAGAACAUGGGAGGCGUCUGUCUCGCCUGUUCCUACUGCAGAUACCAUCUGCAGUGCGCUAACGAAGCUCCAAGUAUUGUAUGACUGUGUUGACAGUGUUCUCAGUUUGCCACAGACCCAACAAGCCCUUACUCAUAACCAAUGCACAGAAUUGGUCAAUGAGUUGUUGGAUAAAUCCAUAAGUCUUAUGGAUAUAUGUGGCUCUACUAGAGACUUGGUCUCACAAGUCAAAGAAAAUGCUAGAGUUGUUCAGUCAGCCAUGAGAAGGAGAAAAGGAGAUGUAAGCUUAACCACUUCAUUUAUCAAGAACCUGAAGAAAGAUGCAAAGAACGCUAUGACAUCUUUGAAGCAAAUCGACGAGAAGAUAGGAGGAAUAAGACCCAUAGAUAUGGACCGACACCUCUUAUCUGCUAUUAAAGUAGUAAGGGAUGUUGGAGUUGUUAGAUCAUCUGUAUACAAAUCAUUGUUGUUGUUCUUGUCUGGAUCUGUUGCAAAGCCAAAGUCAUCAAGGUGGUCACUUGUACAAAAAAUUAUUCGAAAGGGAAGCACAGAUAGAAACGAUCAGCUUGAAAUUUCGAAUGACGACAUGGUGAGCCUUUUUCAAGAAAUGGAGAAUGGUUUGGAGUGCAUGUUUAGAAGUUUAAUCAAAACAAGGGCGUGUCUACUAAAUGUUCUUUAUCGCUAA